CAGAUUCGUCACACUGUGUUACCAGUGGCCUCAAGUUAACUUUCUCUUCGUGAGAAUUAAUCUGAGCAAGUUGUUUUGAAGCAUGCAUCUGGUUGGUGUAAAGUUUGAGUAACAAUGGAAGAAAACAAUUUCCAAAGUAAAAAUGUCAAAACGUUGAAAAAGAUGUACUUACAAGCUGUUUAUCAAAAUGACUGUGAGACGCUAAACCAAAUACUGAGCAAAACGAAGAUAGAUGUUGACACGAUUUUUGAAAUUGCGGAUGACCACAUGGUUAUGGCAUCUUAUAAACAAGGUUACUGGCUACCAGGUUAUAAAAUGGGGACGUCUUGGGCAACAGCACUGCACCUAUCGGUAAUGCUCGGACACCUGGAGAUCAUUUCAGUGCUGCUAGACCAUAAGGCUGCUAUAAACUAUCAACCAAAUGGAAAAGCACCUUUACAUAUCGCCUGUGAUCUGAGAAAUGUGGAUUGUUUAUCUGUGCUCAUACACCGAGGAGCUAACGUCAACAUAUUUUCAAUGAGUGGACUCACACCAUUACAUUUUUGUACAAACCGGGAUUCAGUUUCCUGUGCAAAACGACUGGUCUGGAAUGGUGCAAAAGUUAACCUGCAUAGUAAAGAUGACUUUGAAGCUACUCCACUUCACGUAGCUGCACGCUUUGGCAUACCUGAGCUUGUGGAACUUUAUAUCAAGCAGGGAGCAGCUGUGGACAGUCUUAACAUUUAUUUGGAAACACCUCUUAUUACUGCGAUUUACUGGGCCCUUAACAUGAAAGAUCAGGUAUACAGCACAGACCAUCAUCUGGUGUGUAGGAUGCUGUUAGACCAUGGAGCAUGUGUAAAUGCUCGAGAUGAGGAUUACAAGAGCCCGCUUCAUAAGGCUGCGUGGAAUAGUGAUGACUUGCUGAUACAAAUGCUGUUGGAAGCAGGUGGUGAGGUUCAACGUAUGGAUGUUAAUGGCUGUGCUCCUCUUCAAUACCUUCUGAAAGUUACACCUGUUCGUCCUGCGGCACGACCAGAGAUCUGCUAUCAGCUGUUGUUGAACCAUGGAGCUGCAAGAAUUUUCCCUCCACAUUUUCAUAAGGUACUGCAAUCAUGUUGUUCCUAUCCAAAGGCUGUUGAAGUUAUGGUCAAUUCAUAUGAAUAUAUUGAAUCCAACUCGAAGUGGAGAAAAGCAAUCCCAGAUGAUGUCUUGGAGCAACAUUGGGAUUUUUAUGAAUCUCUGUUUGAUGUCUGUGGAAGAUCACCUCGCUCCCUGCUGCACCUAACAAGAUGUGCCAUUCGGGCAAUAUUAAAGAAAAGGUGCUACAAUGCAGUGCCUAAGCUAUGUCUACCACGCCGCCUUAAACAAUAUAUUCUGUUAGAGGCAGUAGGUCAAAUUUAUUGAACAGCACAAUUUCAGUGUUAAUCACGUUAAGUGUGUUUAUUGAAUUUCAUACAGCCAUAGAACUUUUACACUAUUUGACUAAUUAUGUCUGUGCUGAUACAAUCUUCCUUCAAUGGAACCAUAUACUCUUAUCCCAGUCCCCUGUUUUCUAGGUAUCCAGUAACAUUAUUAUUCUGCGAGUAUUUAUCCAAUUGGCCUUUAAUUCCUGUAAUAAACUCUGCUUUAGCAGUCCUUUAUGAUAAAGCAUUCCACAUUCUAACAACCCUCUAGGUCAAUAGUUUUACUUUCCAAUUUUUCUUCUUAUGAUGAUCAACUUAUGCCCUCUUCUUUAGGGCAUACAUUCAUAGGGGAGUCAGUCAUAUGACGUUCCAGAGCAAAUCACGACGUGCUCUGGAGCCGAUCACAGAGUGCUCCGGGAAAUUUUCUGAGUAGCCAAUCCACCACUGCUGUUGCUUAAAAUAUACUGAUUGGUGUCCAUCAAUUAUAGUUUAAUCCUUAUCCUGGCAGCGCCACACAAUUCUGUAAUCAAUCUGGGCGAUCACUGGCAAAUUUCUUCAAAUAAAUCCCAAGAUACUAUUUGUAGGAAAUAAAUAUAAGAUAUGCAUGUUCUCCAUGGAUAGGGUUGAACCAAGGGAGAUAUUAAGAAACCUUGGAGUGUUUAUUUAACUGGUUACUCACCAUGUCCAAAUACUGUGAAACAGCAAUAAAUAAGGGUUAACAGGAUUCUGAACUAUAUUGCCAAAUCAGCAGAAUUUAGUGGAGAUAUCAUUACUGAUGCUUCGGUAGACUGUGCAAACAUAUAUUCUGUUAUAAAUGCUGUGGGUAUUGUGGGUGAAUAUUAAAAUACAAAUUUACGUUUAUAUAGCAUCCUUCUCAGGCGCUGA